GGUUAAGCGAGAGAAUCCCUCAGGCAGCAUUUUUCAUCUCGUGUCUUUAUUGUAAAUAUAGUUCAUAGUUGGUGAGAGUGAAAAUGUUCGCUCUCGAUUCGUAAUCUCAGCGGGCCAGCGUUGAAUAAUCUAUUUGUGGCUUGAAUUCACAGUCACAGUUUUUUAGUCGACGAUGACAUGAAGCGCUGAUGUCGGGCUACCUUGAGAGUGUGAUCAAAUCGCGCUACGUGUUUGAUUCAGUCUUGCGAGAGAGUAACACAAUUGCACGUGAGUUUUCCGCGAAAGAAGAAAAGCAAUAAAAGUGCCCUAAACCCAUGGCCUAGUUGCAGAUCGAUUGAUCAUAUUUUUUAUCGGCAUUAGUUGAACAAUCGAAUCAUAACGAAUCGGUUUGUUUAAUGACGGUCGUGUCUGGUGCGUGUGCGUGUGCGUGCGUUAAGAUAUAAUAAUGCGAAUAAGUUUUUUACGCUGCUCGAUGGUGAUCGCAUUUGCGUAGUGUAUGUAGAAAAGAAGCUAAAAAAAAUCCCCCCGUAAGUGCUUUCGUAUGUAUGUCGGCGUUCGAACGAAUUGCUGGUUUUGUGCCGUAGCCAUUUUAGGUUAUGUGAUCAACGAUACCGCUUUUAAUAGAAAAUCAUUUGACACAUGUUGGUGAGCUUCGAACUGCAGUUCAAAUACCUUUCGUUGCUUCUACAUUUCAGUAAACCAUAUUACAAUAUACAAGCAGGUGUAAUAUGCCAGUCAUAUCAGCGUAUUCAUCUAGUGGCAGUAGAUACAUUCAACCGCCUACCAGUACAUUAACAAGAUCAAGCUACACCGAUCGUAUAUAUUAUUCACCCUUACUGAGCAGUAGUAAGACAUCCAGUAUUAGCAACAGUGGUCUUUAUCGCAAGAGCAGCUAUCGUUUUGAUUCACCGUUUACGUCCACUACCUCAUCUUCGCUUUAUCAUCGACGAGAAGAGCGCGACCUUAGUAGCGGCAAGAAUCGUACCAUCAGCAAAGGUACCGACGUUACAUCGGACAGUCUUAAAGUCGCUGGUGAUACUGACGAUACCAGCACAAACGGUAGCUACGAUAUUGUCAAAAAUAUCGAGCGUAGAGCGUCAACUAACAGCAACAGAUCCAGCAGAUAUUCAUCAUCGAUCAGCAGUUACGCUGGGCCCACAAGCAUUCGAAACAGUGGUAACUACGUGUCGAAUCUACGUAACACAGCAUUGAGUGGGGCUGAAAUUUAUCAACGUUACAGCAUCUCGACCUAUAAACCUUCCUCUAGCGUUGCGUCACGCAUCACUCAAUCGAGCUAUCGGGACACCGGAAGUUUACAGGAGAAUUCAAGCUUGGGCAAAGACUCAUCGAUAGUUGCUUCACCAGAAGAUAGACACCAUUAUAACAACAAUAGUAAGGAAUCAUUCACGCAGGCUACGAUCAGGCUACGACCACCGUCUACCGUGCCGAGCUUGCCAAAUGCAAACAGCAAAAGCAAACCGACGAAUGAUAGUUGUAAACUAGACGACACGGUGGUGACGGCGAAACCAUCGUCUUCAGCGUUAGUGACGGCAAUCGUAACCACCGACGAUUUGGGUGACGAAGAUGUCGGUGAAACGAACGUUACGGCAAACGAUGCGAAAGAGCUGCAGGUCACAGCCACGAUACGUCUAAAGCCGAAAGGCAGUGCAAGCAAAAUUACCGAUAAAGAAAAGCGAAGAGACAGUGGAACUAGCAACGCUGCGGGCAGAAGUGUAAUGAGCGAUAGCAAUGCAAUCGCUACUAGUAAAGCAAACAGCAGCAGCAGCAGCAGCAUCAGCAUCAGAAACGUAAAGCGAUUAAAUGAUGACGGUUUGGAAGAAGCAAAUCAUAGCAAAGCGAACAGUUUCCCUAACUAUCAGACGGUUGAUACAAACAGUGAUAAAAUCGUGAACAACGGCAAUGACCAUGAAGAGGAAAACAAGGCAUUGGCAGUUAAUGGCGUUAGUCACGCAUCGAACGCCACUGUCCUUAGCACCACACAUAAUGAAUACAAUGAAUCAGAAAAAGAAUCCAAUGUUGAUCAGGCCAUGAAUUUACGGCAGAGUGUGGACUUGCACAACACUGUUAAACCGUCACGAAUUUACCAUGAUCAAUCUACUACGGAAAAGGAUUCAUCCACAUCAUCAUCAAGAUUGUCCACGUCAUACAAACCCAGCUAUGAGCGGCUGUCGGAUGUUGCUGAUUCCUCGCGCAGCACUAAAGCAGGUCUCUGCGGUUUGUGGAACAUUGGCAAUACAUGCUUCAUGAACUCGAUGAUACAAUGUCUCAGCAAUACACGCGAACUUACAUCAUUUCUUCGAAGUCAACCAUCAACUGAAUUAGGUACAAACAAGGAUCACCGCAUAUUGGCAGAAUAUACCAAAUUAAUUAAAAAUAUGUGGAGCGGAUCACAACGUAGCAUUAAUCCAUCAGAUUUAAAACACGCCUUCUCUAGCAAACAUCGAAUGUAUUCCGGAUCAGCGCAACAAGAUGCUCAGGAAUUUCUAAGAUUUUUCCUCGAUUCGUUACAUGGUGCAUUAAACGUCGCUGUCAAACGAGAUCCCUUGGGUGAAAUUGAUGAUGCAAUGAACGCCCGCGUCAAGGCCGACAUGCUUUGGGAAUGGUAUUCAAAAGCAGAAAAUUCAGUCAUCAAAGAUUUAUUUGUGGGACAGUUAAGAAGUACCCUCAAGUGUACGCACUGCGAUACCGAGAGUACGAUGUUUGAUCCCUUCUGGGAUUUGAGUCUACCACUGCCAACAUCGAAUUCUCGAUGUAAACUAGAAAAUUGUCUCGAAAUGUUUAUAAAGGAAGAGAUACUCGACGGUAUCGAUCAGCCCACUUGCUCCCAUUGUGAAACCCGACGAAAAUGCACCAAAAGCUUGACAAUUGAACGGUUUCCGCGGUACCUCGUGAUUCAUUUGAAACGAUUUUCAGAAACUCGUUUUAGCAAACUAACCAACACAGUGGAAUUUCCAACAAAGAAACGGGAACUUAAUCUGCAGCCGUAUGCAUCAGAAAAUAUUGCCGGUCCGGUAUACUAUUCGCUUUAUGGAAUUUCGAAUCACAUAGGAUCUACCGCUGGUGGUCAUUAUGUAGCUGUAUGCAAGCAUCCAACAAUUCAAGAGUGGAAUGAAUUUAAUGACAAUUACGUCACCGAAACCAGUGAACGAAAUUUAGUAACAUCGAACGCGUAUGUUUUAUUUUACGAACGUGCAUAACUUAUUAUAUAAUUUUAGAAUUGCUGAAUGCUUCAACGGCAAAUUGUAGCUUAUUGUUGAUAAUUGUCAUCUGGGCGAAUGUCAUAGAAAUAUAUUUUUGUUUUUAUUUUUGGCAGUAA